AUGAAAAUUUUUAUUAUUAUUUUUAUUAUUUUUCAAUUAUAUUAUCUUAUCAAUGGAUGUGUUUUUACUAAUUAUGUUGAAAUUAAAAGAUAUAGAAUUAGAGGUUCUUUAGUUUGUUUUGAAAAUUCUUAUUCAAAUUAUUUUUUUCGAGUAAGCUUAGGUAUUAAAUUUCCUAGUGGAAAUCAUUAUAUAAUGGAUACGGUAGAUAUAGAUUUUGCUGAUGGAACAUUUUCACUUUUUGGAUCAUGUAUGAUACCACAUAAAUUAAUUAAUGAAAAAAUGCAAAUUUUCUUAAAAAUAAGUAGACUAACAUUUGACAGACCUAGAUUUGAUAGAUUGAAACCAUUCAAUUUUAAAGAAAUUCUUAAGUAUUUAGCUAAUUUAGAAGAUAAUUGUUUAAUAGAUAACAAUAAACGAAUUAUGUACUUUUCUGAUGACAUUGAAUUAGCCUCCAAUUAUGGUAUUAUAAAUUUAUUUAAUUUAUAUCUUAGCAAUUAUAAGUUAUACGAUAUAUUUGGAGAGGUUGAUGAACUUACUGGUUUACUGAUUGCAAGCGAUGGAGGUAAAACUGAUAGUCAAUUUCAAUUAAAAAGUUUUUGGAAAAGAAUUGAAAUCAUUACAGGUAAAAAAAGUUUACACUUGUAA